AUUUCAGCCCACACUCGAGCAUCCUUCUACCAAUCACAGCCGUUGAGAAAACGGCAGCAAAAUCAACCCAUGCUCGUAUUUUUAGAUAUUUCAGUUAAAACAAAUGCAGCAGUUGCUUGAAGUCCGCCCGUAUUAUGUUCUCCAGAGGGCAUCUGCGUCCAACUCUCGGUGGAUUCAAAUCAAAAACGAGAAAUCUCAAGAUUCUUAAUUACGCUUUCGUGGUAACCGAAAAUGAAAAUAGCGGGGAUUGAAGUGUGGCCGCUUUCGCUCUGAUUUCGAUAAACAAUCCGCCGAUCUAAUACAGAUCUAUAUAUUUAUAACAUUUGUGAAAUAUUCAGAACGUGUCCCUCCCACGCUCCGUGUCGUUCACUUUUCUAUAUCUGUUCUAAAAUAUACUUUCGUCUUCACACAUCUGGUGUGCCAUAUUUCUUUGAAGUGUGUAAAACAUAUUAAUCUAAUUGAUUCCUUGACGUCGGUUCUUUCCAUCAAUCGAUGAGGUCACAACAAUUGGCGCCGACGUCCGUCCAUCUCGACCCAGCGAAAAAACAAAUUAUUGAAGUAAUUAACAAUUUUAUUUAUUUGUGGGACAUGCGCUUGGCAGCGAAGCUGCAAUUAAUCCAACAUUUGUGCUGAUGAUCCAGUGCGGACACACCCUUAGGGGCUCCAAGCAACUAAAAGUGAAAUUUGGCACUAUCCGCAAAGAAAAAUGCGGAGUUGGGCGUAGUGCAACGAACGAUUUUUCAAACAAAAUUCAUAUUUCACAAGAAUCGAGGAAACAACAGGUGCAACCUAUUUUUUACAUCAAAAUGAACGUGUUUGUUUGCUAGAACUAGCGCCAAAUCGCGACACCCAAAUUUUUCAAAUUCGAACCCCGCGCUUGAAGCGGUUCAAAUUACCGUACGCAUGCGCACCGCGUCAUUCGCGUCACUUAAAUGUCAAAGUUGCAGUCUGAAUUGUUUAAUUUUUAGCAGUGAAAACUAGCAUUCACGUUGUAAACAACUGAAAUUCGUCCACUACCCCUCCGAACGAUGGUAGAUUGCGAAAAAGAAGAAGCCCUCAAUUUGCAAAAGGAAUUUGAAUGGGUGCUCCACCAGGAAGUCCACAAGGGGUUAGAACAGAUUCACCAGAUACUCGCGGAGUGCGCUGGGCGGUUUCCAGUUCGGCUCUAUGGUCAUGACAACUCUAGUAAACAGGACAAAUUCGUUCUUUCCGUGCCCUCAGAUCAGGUGAAGUGUGUGGUCACGUUAACCGGAGACAGUAUUACACAUGCUGAUAUUACUUUUAAAGUGACUAGGCAAACAAAUACAACUAUUGUGCGUACUAGUAUCCAGAAUGAUUGUCCCUGGAAGCUGCAACAAGUACAGGAUGCUGCCAAUCACCUCCAGCAAGCGAUCAAUCACAUAGAUGAUGUGGGGAAAAACUAUAAGUUUAAAUCAUCAGAUGAGGUUUUGCACGUGCUGGGGAAUAUUUUGGGGAGUUUACAAAGGGGGCGCACGAGUUUGAUAGUACCUAGGAAGCGACCUAUAGAUGACCUUAUUAGAAGUUUAAAUAUGAAAUCUCUAAACCCAAAUCUUAGUGAAGAUCUGGCUAUUAGUUUCUACAUUCAAAGCCACAAAUUGAUAUUUGCGAUCUAUCAGCUGACAAAUAAUCACGGUACUAUGAAGUAUGAUUCAACUCAUGCCGAAAGCUCGGUGCCUUGGCUGAAUGAAGUAUUAGUCUUUUUUACAGUUGGAUUACAAUUGUGUCAACAACUUAAAGAUAAGAUCUGUGUUUUUUCCCAGUAUAAAGAUUUUACAGUAGGAUCACGUCCAUCUAGUCCCCACCAAGUAUAAUCUCAUGAUUGGUAGAAAAAUUUCCAAGCAAAAUUGUACAUAUUGAUAUUGUCAAUUUGUAUAUAGGAGUCCUAAGGACGUGUUAUAGAUCUAAUUAUCUUCUAGGCAUACUGAAACAUAAUAUAUGUAUUUAUUUAUUUUGUUUCUUUUAUUCACUACUGUAGGGGGAUUCGAAAGUAUUAUUUUUGCUCCACAUGACAAAGAUGGAGAAAUGUGACAACGUUUGAAUGAUAAGUUUGCUUGUACAAUGUUUAAUUGUGAUAGUUGUGAAAGUAGUUGCUAGUUUUAUAAGACAAUAAUUGAAAUUUGCACUUUAAAAAUUUACACUUGUAUGAUGUUUGUAAUUGUUAAAGCAAUAAAGUCUUGUUUAAUGUUA